AUGUGCUUCGGCAAGGACGAAAAAGACGAUACGCCUGCGGCGCGGCCUGCGCAGGCUUCCUCGCCCCGCGCCUCCCAAGCCGGCUCACAGCGCAUUGCUCGGCCCGCGAGCAUCCGCAGCAAGUCGAGCGAGAAGAAGCGCCAAGAGAAGGAGAGCCAGAACCAGCAACAGCCGCAACAAGGCGAAUCGUCGGCCUCCAAUCACGACCACUAUGCCGCUCCCUCGGGGCCGCCUCCUGGCCAUGGCGAAUACGCACCGCCUGCCGGCCCUCCUCCUCCUCAGGCCUCCAGCAGUACCGGCUAUGCUCCUCCUUCGGGACCUCCGCCCGCGCAAUAUGCCGCGCCGAGCUCUCCGCCGCCUCACCAUGAUCACAACGAGCAGUUCGCGCCCCCGAGCGGGCCUCCUCCGAGCCACAAUGUGAAUGGCGGCUACGCAGCGCCUCCGGGUCCUCCUCAGGGUCAAGACUACGAUGCACCGGCUGGCCCCCCUCCGGGCUUCUCUGCCCCUCCCGGGCCCCCUCCUGGUCAUGAGACGCACGAUGCUCCGGAGCGCCCUGUACGUCUGCUUCCCGACGGAAGCUACGCUCCUCCCGAGUCGCGAACACACGAGACGUAUGCCCCUCCUGCAGGACCCCCUCCUGGCCACGGCCAGUUUGCGCUACCGGUCGGAGGACCGCCCGCCGGAGGACCACCUGCUGCUGGCGGUGACUUUGCCCCGCCGCCGGGCCCGCCACCCGGUGUCGAUAACUAUGGUCCUCCGGCCGGCCCGCCCCCAGGAGGUGACAACUACGGCCCGCCUCCCGGUCCUCCUCCCAGCGGAGACUACGCGCCGCCUCCCGGUCCUCCCCCUACCGACUCCAAGAGCCAGCACAACUGGCAGCAUGCCGUGCCCGACACGUCGCUCUUCCCUCCCCCUCCCUCCUUCUUCACCGGCUUUGAGCGCUCGCCGGCGAACAAUGCUUCCGAGCAGGAGGCCCAUGCCGGCGCCGCAUGGUGCGACCAGUACCCUCUCAUCCAGCCUGUGCCGCUGCCACCACAAGCGCAUGAGGCGCUCCGUACGCACAACAUCAACCUCAUGCAGCCGCAGAACUUUCGAGGCACGCUCGCGCCCUCGGCCACGGUCCCGGGCACGUGGGAAGGCCGCACCGAUGUCUCGGCCAAGGACAGCUGCAUCAUUGGCUACCCCCCGCUGUACUCGGCGCACGCACACUCGCCACUGGUCACAGGCCGCCCCGUCCGCAUCUACUAUGAGGUGCACAUCCGUCCCGACAGCCGGCCCGACGAAGUCGACCUCGCGCUGGGCUUCACGGCGCUGCCGUAUCCCAACUUCCGCAUGCCUGGUUGGCACCGCGGGUCGCUGGCCGUCCACGGCGAUGACGGCCACAAGUACGUCAACGACUGGGCCGGCGGUCACUCAUUUACGGAGCCAUUCCGUGUUGGCGAGACGGUGGGUAUCGGCAUGUCACUGUCGCCUCGUGGCGACGGCAGCAUCAACGUCGACAUCUUCUUCACACGCGAGGGCAAUAUUAUGGGCAGCUGGAACUUGCACGAGGAGGCCGAUGCCGAGGAGGACCUGCCGGUCACGGGUCUCGAGGGCUACCACGAUCUGAGCUGCGCCAUUGGAACGUUUAACCACAACAGCUUUGAGAUCAUCUUUGAGCCCAGCCGGUGGAAGUACCAGGACGCACGGGAGAGCACGAUUGCGGGCGAGGGCAAGGGAUGGGCUCAGUGA